ACUCCUACAGCUCUAACAGCAGUGAUCCAAACACAGCAGACUGUGCUGGCAGCAGUGGGACAAGAUGCUGAAUGCAGCUGUCAGCUCUUGGAGACUAAAGACGUCCUUCAGGUCACAUGGCAGAAAAGCUUACAUGACGUGGAGACAAAUGUUGCCGCGUACAACAAGUACUUUGGUCAGAGAGUGAAUACUGACUUUACAGAUAAAGUUGAGUUUAAAUACACGGGACUACAGAACUGCUCCAUAGUCAUCAGGAAUGUGACAGAGCAAGAUGAAGGAUGCUAUAGGUGUUUGUUUAACACUUAUCCUGAAGGCUCCUUCAUUGGUAGAACCUGCCUCCAAGUUUACGAGCUGCAUGAACCUGCUGUUGAUGUCAGAGAGUCAAACUCUACUGAAGAGUGGGUUGUUUCCUGUUCAGCCACUGGUCGACCUGCUCCCACUGUAACACUCAGUGUCUCACAACAAGACCUCAGCUUCUCACAGUACAACACUGUCAGUGUGUCCAACACCAACGCUACAUUCACUGUCACCACUACAGCUGUGCUCUCAGGUUCACGUAAACACAGCACACAGGUGGGAUGUGCAGCACGAGUGCUCUCUGCUCCUCACAGAGAGGUGAUGGAGACGAUUCCUGAAGAUGUUGAUGAUGAGCUAGAUGAGAAAUCAGGAUCUAAUCCCAGAAAUUUAGGAACCAGGAUUUCAGCCAUUCGGUUGUCUGUGGUGUUGUUGGUGCUCUGUGCUGCUGCGCUCAUCUUUUUCUGAUCUGGAUCAUCUUAA